AUGUCAGACGAAAAGACCGAGAAGGCCGUCGUCGAACAGUUUGAGAACGCCGAUAUUGAUCAAGGCGUCGCCACCGUUCCAGGCGAUGUUGACAUCAAGUCGGUGCAUUCUCAAGGCCACGCUGACAGUCUGACGUUGUCCGGUUUCCUCCGCUCAUGGAAGAAGCAGAACCUCGAUGGCUUCUACGCGGAGGCUCUGGCGAAGUACGGUCACGACGGUGCCAUCACUCCUGAGAUGGAGAAGCGCCUCGUACGUCGCCUCGACUGGAUCAUCCUGCCCAUGAUUUCUGUUUGUUACUUUUUCUACUACGUCGACAAGACCACGCUCUCUUACGCCGCGAUCUUUGGCUUCAAGAAGGACUUGUCCCUAAACGGUGACCAGUACUCCUGGCUUUCUUCGGUCUUCUACCUCGGCUGGCUAGUUUGGGCCCUUCCUGCCAACAUGCUCUUGCAGAAGGCACCACCAGCUUACUACCUCGGCAUCAACAUCUUCCUCUGGGGUGUACUCCUAAUGUGUCAGUCGGCCGCGAAGAACUUCACCGGCUUGAUGGUCUUGCGCUUCUUCAGCGGUGCAUUCGAGGCUGUCGCGGACCCUUGCUUCACUCUCAUGACGGCUAUGUUCUACACCCGCGAGGAGCAACCGUGGCGUAUCUCGAUCUGGUACGCCUUCAACGGUGUCGGUAUCGCUGGUGGUGGACUCCUGGGCUACGCUAUCGGUCAUAUCAAUGGCGCUCUUGCUUCGUGGCGCUACGAGUUCAUCAUCGUCGGCUGCCUGUGUGCGUUCUGGGGUCUCAUGUUGCUCGCUCUGCUCCCCAACUCUCCCGCCAGUGCACGCAUGUUCACGCGGGAAGAGCGUCUCAUGCUCGUCGCACGCCUUCGCAAGAACCAGACCGGUGUCGAGAACAGGACGUGGAAGUGGGACCAGGUCUGGGACACCGUCUCCGACCCGAUCUUCUACAUGUUCUUCGCGCUCGGGUUCAUCGCCAACAUCCCGAACGGUGGCAUCUCCAACUUCUCGACGAUCAUCAUCAAGGGCCUCAAGUUCAACACUCUCCAGACCUCACUUCUCACCAUCCCUCAAGGCGCAUUCACAGCCGGCUGGAUCAUCAUCGGCGCCGUGAUCAACCAAUACGCGCCCAAGAACUCUCGCACAUGGAUCUGUAUCGCGAUGAUGCUGCCCUCCGUCGGCGGAACGCUCGGCUUGCUCCUCGCACCUCAAGACGCGCGCAUCGGCCGACUCUUCGCGUACUACAUGACCGGCGCGCACUCAGGCCCCUUCGUCAUCGGCUUGUCACUGUGGUCUUCGAACGCCGCUGGUCAGACGAAGAAGAUGCUGCUGAGCGGUUCGACGUGGCUGGGUGUUGCCGUCGGCAACAUCGUCGGGCCAUUCUUCUUCAUCGACUCUCAAGCACCGUCGUAUGGCCUGGGAAUCGGAGCGAUCAUGGUCUGCAACAUCCUUGAGAUGAUCCUGUUCUACAUGUUCCGCCUUAUCUACGCACACCGGAAUAAGGUGCGCGAUAGGCGGCAGGCGGAGCAGGAUGCGCAGGGCUCGGUCCCUCACGAGAACGCUACGACGUUCAGCGACAUGACCGACAGGCAGAACCCCAACUUCCGAUACGUGUACUGA